AUUACACCCUGUGGCCGUUCUGGGUCGACACCCACGUUGAUUCACCUUUUCACAUCGAUGACAGCGGCACGGUGCGGGAUUCAAGAUUUGCCAAGGUUCCCAUUUAUCACGAUACUGAAAAGAUCCUGAGCUCACUGCAUAGUCAGGGGUUCAAGAUAGGCAUUGCAUCGCGAACCAGUGAGACUGAAGGAGCCAAUCAGCUGCUGUCACUCUAUAAACUUGACCAAUACAUUUCCUUCAAGGAGAUCUAUCCCGGUUCAAAGGUCACUCAUUUUAAAAGGCUGAAAGCUGACAGUGGCGUUCAGUUUUCUGACAUGAUGUUCUUUGAUGAUGAGGAUAGGAACAUCUUGGAGGUUGGCAGGCUGGGUGUUCACUGUGUGAUGGUUCAUAAUGCCAUCACCUGGGAUCUAGUCAAGAAAGCACUUGAGCAGUUCAGCAAGAAGCAGUGAAGGCGUCUGGUCCUGUGGAGAUGCAGCUGCUGCAAAUGAAGAAGAACCCAUUUGCUGUGCAGAAAAACUGACAUGCAUAGAGGACAGGGAGGGUCAUGUUUAGUGGUUAUUUCUGUGCGAUCAACCGUUUUUGACUUGACUGACAAAAGCAAUUGGCGAAUACUUAUAAUUCUGUUUUAAUGUUUACAUAGUUUAUUAUUUAGCUCCAUUUGAAAACAUUAAAUUAAGUUUUUUUUUAGAUGCAAUUUAUAUUUAAUUUUUCAAUGUAUACAUUAAUAAUUCGUUCCUUUAAGUGACCCACCUAGUCUGCCAAAGAAAUGCACCUUUGCUUGUUUUUAUCUAAUAAAGACUUUUAAGUUAAAUGGAACUAAACACAGCAAAUUGUAAAACAAAAAGGCAUGUGUUUUUAUUGUUACUGUAUGUGACAGAUUUUCUGUACAGAGACUACAAUAGAAAAAUAGUUUUAUAUUUAUUACAUUUAUAAAACACGUGUCUUCCAUUUUUUGUUGGUCUCUUUUUUUAAAUGUCAUUUUCUCUCUUAUUU